AUGGAAUUGCUAGAAUGCGCGUGUGAACGAGACCGUCGGAUUCAAGGGCAAUGCGAUCCACGAGAAGCGAUUCCCAUUCGGAUAUCCCGGUAUUCCCAACGGGGAGGAUCCCCACGUUCCCUUCGCGCGGCGACGGAGCUGGUGGAGCAGACGGGCGCCCGGGUCGCCCUCUGCCUCGUCGUCAUCGAGCUGGACUACCUGAAGGGGAGGCAGAGGCUCGGGGCCCCGCUGGAGUCGGUCGUGCACUUCGCCGAGUGAUGGGCUCGAAGUGAUGGGGAAAUCCGCUUUCACGUUUACAUUCGCUCGUAUACUUGCUUUCGAUUUUCGGGCAUUCCAGAUGGAGCUUGUGCAGGGUAUUUUUGCAAUACUCGAUGGC